UAUUUCCAACAGUUCCGAGGGACGCGACUGUAGUGGUUCUAUAGAGUUGGAGGAACCGUUAUAUUGUCCAGCUUUCGUUGAAGUGUUCAGUUACUGAAAUUCGAGAACUCUGCAAUUACACGUUAUUCGUGUCUCAGGGAUGGCGGACGAUCAGAAUCAGAAGAAUCCGAAUAAUGUCUUUUUAUUUCGACUGGCAAUUUUGAAUUGUUUUAAACGUAUUGCGGAAUCAGUCAGCGAGGAUGCUUUCGUGGACAUUCUUACGAUUCUUACAACUCUCAAGUUAAAGCCGAGUAUUGGACAAAAGUUACACAAGGCAAUGUGCACGGAGCUUACGGAUAAUAUGAACGAUGAUUUAGAACAUAUAUUAACUGAAGGAAGCUUGCAGAAUGGAUUGGAAAAGGUUGCGAAAUUAAUUGACGCUGAUUCUUCCGUGAGUGAAGAUGCUUGGAGACCACCGGGUAAUGUAGCCUUACAUCUACGUUCACUAGACGCCCAGAAGAUUAAAGAAGAAAGUGAAUUAUUGGAAAAACAAGUAAAUCUGAUAGAAGAAGAAAACAUAAAUUUAAUGAAAGAAAUUGCAGAAAAAAGGUCAAGUAUAAUGACCAUGAAUGAUAACAUGACAGAAUCGUUAAAUAAGUCAUUAAGUAUUAUGGAUUCAAUAAGAAAAAGAAAGGAGGAUUUAGAAAAAUGUUUAAUGUUAUUAGAACAUGAUGAUAAAAUUAGAUUAUAAAUAUUAGAUAGCUAAGGAUAUUGUAAGAUAACUAAGAUAGUAUAUAUGUUGUUUUAUAAUUUAUACAGAAUUUAAAUUAAUUAGAAUUUUUUAUAUUGGUUAGUCUGGGAUCAGCUAGGAUUAUAUUCACCUUCUCAGAUAAAUCAGGAGUUAUUCGCACAUUCUCCACCCUUUUUUUCAAUUUUCGGGCCAGUGCCAUAUUUUUCUUCUGCAAAUAAAAAUAUAUAUAAGAAUUCUUCGAUAUAAUUUAUUCAUAUAAUACAUAUUUAAUGCAAUAUGUAUUACCUCUUGAAUUGUAAUCAUGUUUUGUAUCUGUAUUAGUUCUUUGUUAUUCUUAUCUGCUGCUUUCUUUAAUUCAUCUAAUUCUUUUUUCAAGUUAUCUCUCUGUGAUAUUAAGGAAUUAAUUCUUUGUUGAACGGUCUCAUUAAAAUUUGCUUUCUCAUUGCAUUUCAUAUAAUUACAGUGAAUUUCUUUUAAUUCUUCAUCUAAGUUAUUGUAUUUUCUCUCUACAUUUUGCAGUACAAACGCACCCUUAUCUUUCAGUUGAUUUACGUUAUAUAUUUCUAUCUCAGUAUCUUCACAUUCUUUUUGGUAUUCUAAUAAUUUUGAUUUAGUAUCUUCUGUCUCCUUGUCCAUUUGGUAUAGUUGAUCUGAAUUCCAGGUUUCCUGAAUUCCAGAAUAUUGUAACGCUGCUUAAAAGUAUUACAUUAUUUAUCGUCUUAAUAUUGGAAAAUUCAUCAAAGCUGCCAAAAAAAUGUACUGCGUUGUUUGGUUAGCAAUUUGAAUGUUUCUACAAUAUGGCCGCCUGGCGCCAAAACGUUCCCGCGUAAAUCGGUGGUGCAUUCUCAUUGGCCGAGACGCACCAAUGAGAAACGUUUUUGCUGAUGACUUGGAGAAACGCUCGACAGAUGGCGAGAGCAUUAGCUCAGUCUUGGCUACGCACCCGCUGUUCGCCAUUGUAUCGUGAUUGCUGUUAAGUUUCGUGUUUGUGAGUGAGAAUUCAUCCGGUUUAUCGAGUUCUGGAGUUCUUCUACGCAUUGGAAGGUUCGAGUUGCAAAGGAGUCGUCGUGAGAGCGAAGCGUAGGCAGUAGCUCAAUCAG